AUGUCGUACUUUCUCCCACAUUUACCCUCCGGAUGGCACGUCGACCAAGCUAUCCUGGCUGAAGAAAAUCGGGUGGUGAUCAUCAGGUUCGGUCAUGACUGGGAUUCAGAAUGUAUGAGGAUGGAUGAAACGCUCUAUGGAAUCUCAGAAAAAGUGAAGAAUUUCGCAGUGAUCUAUCUAGUAGAUAUCACCAAAGUACCCGAUUUCACGAAGAUGUACGAAUUAUACGACCCUUGCACAGUUAUGUUCUUUUACAGAAAUAAACAUAUCAUGAUUGAUUUGGGAACGGGGAACAACAAUAAGAUCAAUUGGGCGAUGGACGACAAACAAGAAUUGAUUGAUAUUGUGGAGACGAUCUAUCGAGGGGCGAGUAAGGGACGAGGUCUGGUAGUUAGUCCCAAGGAUUAUUCAACUCGGUACAAGUAUUUGCUUUCAGGAGCUAGACCAGUGGAAGAUGCAUCUGUUUCUCUGGGAUCAUAUCUCUCAAGUAAAGCCGCAGUGGGAGAUGUUCAGGUUUAUACCCUGUCAUCUUACAGCUGCGAAUUAGAGAUCGGGGUGGUUUUGCUUGCCCUGACACCAAUUGGAAGAUUUGUAAGAUAG